AUGGCGACCAGUGGGGACCCAGAGGAGGAGCAGGUGGUCCCAGGCGAGGAGGAUGAAACCAACGUGAGGGCGGUGCAGGCCCACUACCUCCGGAGCCCCUCCCCCAGCCAGUACUCGAUGGUCUCAGAGGCAGAAACAGAAAGCAUUUUCAUGGAGCCCAUUCAUCUCUCCUCAGCCAUUGCAGCCAAACAGAUCAUCAAGGAAGAACUCAAGCCACGGGAGCUCAAAGCAGACACAGAGUGUCCAGGCAUGCUGGAGUCCGCUGAGCAGCUGCUGGUGGAGGACCUGUACAACCGCGUCAGGGAGAAGAUGGAUGACACCAGCCUGUACAACACCCCCUGCAUCCUGGACUUGCAGCGGGCCCUGGUUCAGGACCGCCAAGAGACCCCCUGGAACGAGGUGGAUGAGGUCUGGCCCAACGUCUUCAUAGCUGAGAAGAGCGUGGCUGUGAACAAGGGGAGGCUGAAGAGGCUGGGAAUCACUCACAUCCUGAAUGCUGCGCAUGGCACCGGCGUUUACACUGGCCCUGAAUUCUACACUGGCCUGGAGAUCCAGUACCUCGGUGUGGAGGUGGAUGACUUUCCCGAGGUGGACAUCUCCCAGCAUUUCCGGAAGGCUGCUGAGUUCCUCGAUGAGGCACUGCUGACCUACAGAGGCAAAGUCCUGGUCAGCAGCGAAAUGGGCAUCAGCCGGUCGGCAGUGCUGGUGGUGGCCUACCUGAUGAUCUUCCACAGCAUGGCUGUCCUGGAGGCCUUGAUGACCGUGCGCAAGAAGCGCGCCAUCUACCCCAACGACGGCUUCCUGAAGCAGCUGCGGGAGCUCAACGAGAAGCUGAUGGAGGAGCGAGAGGAGGAGGAGGAGCGGGGAACAGACGAGGCGGAGGAGGGCGAGGAGGCGGGGAGCGCGCUCGGGGCCACGGUGCACGCCCUGACGGUGGAGGAGGAGGACGACGCCGCCAGCCACCUGAGUGGCUCCUCCUUGGGGAAGGCCAGCCAGGCCUCCAAGCCCCUCACUCUCAUCGACGAAGAGGAGGAGGAGAAACUGUAUGAGGAGUGGAAGAAGGGACAGGGCCUGCCCACAGGCAGGGUCCCCCAGGGUGGAGAGGGCAGGCGCUCGGCCGCCUCCAGCCAGGCUGGGGAGGAGCUCGAGGACGAGGACGUGGACAGCAUCAUCCGGGAGUGGCAGAGCCGCAAUGAGCGCUACCACGCGGAAGGGCACCGGCGGUGGGGCAGGGAGGAGGAGGAGGAGGAGGAGGAGGGGGAGAGCGACGCCGGCUCCUCCGCGGCGAGAAGGCGGAGGCACACCCUGAGCGAGAGCAGUGCGGAGAGCGUGAGCAGCCGCGACAUACGCGUCCUGAAGCAGCAGCUCGCGGUGAGCGCCCAGAGCCGCGGCGGGAGGCGCCGCUCCGACUCUGUGUCCACCGAGAGCACCUGGGACAUGUGGAACGAGCGGCUGCUGGAGAUUGAGAAGGAGGCCUCCCGCAGGUACCGCUCCAGGAGCAGGAGGCAGGAGGCCGACGACGUGAGCUCAGAGGCAGGGAGCAGGGCGCGAGAGGACGACGAGGAGAGCGUGUGCUCCGAGGCCAGCUCCUUCUACAACUUCUGCAGCAGGAACAAGGACAAGCUCACUGCCCUGGAAAGGUGGAAGAUCAAGAGAAUCCAGUUUGGAUUUCACAAGAAAGACUUGGAAGCAGGAGACGGCAGCAGCGAGCACGGAGCAGGGGAGGCGGCGGGGGAGAAGCAGCCCUCUGAUGUCAGCCUGACGGCCUACCAGGCCUGGAAGCUGAAACACCAGAAGAAGAUAGGCAGCGAGAACAAGGAGGAGCUGGUGGAGCUCAGCAAGGGGGAGGACUCGGCCUUGGCCAAGAAGAGGCAACGGAGGCUGGAGCUGCUGGAGAGAAGCAGGCAGACGCUGGAGGAGAGCCAGUCCAUGGCAGGCUGGGAGGCGGACAGCUCGGCUGCCAGCACGAGCAUCCCCCUGUCUGCAUUCUGCUCCGCAGCCCCCUCGGUCAGUGCCGAUGGGGACGCGGCGUCUGUCCUCAGCACCCAGAGCAACCGCUCCCACCUGUCUCAGGCUGCAAGCAACACAGGGGCAAGCUUGGCCUCACCCCUGCCUAACCUGCCAGUGGGGCCCGGCGACACCGUUUCCAUUGCCAGUAUCCAGAACUGGAUUGCCCACGUCGUCAGCGAGACCCUCGCUCAGAAGCAAAAUGAAAUGCUGCUGUUGUCCCGCUCACCAUCCGUUGCAAGCAUGAAGGCAGCGCCAGCAGCCAGCUGCCUGGGGGACGACCAAGUCUCCACGCUCAGUGGACACAGCAGCUCGUGCCUGGGCGGCUGCCUGCUGCCUCGGAGCCAGGGCAGACCCAGCUCCGACACGCAGUCCGUGCUGUCCUCCCACACCACGCUGAGCUCCAGGGCGGAAGGCGCCGGGAGCAGAGUGAGGGGCACCAGCAAGCCCAUCUACAGCCUCUUCGCUGACAACGUGGACCUAAGGGAGCUUGGCCAGAAGGAGAAGGAGAUGCAAAUGGAGCUGAGGGAGAAGAUGUUCGAGUGCAAAAUGGAGAAGCUGGCCUCAGACAACAAACGCAGCUCCCUUUUCAAGAAGAAGAAGAAGGUCAAGGAGGAUGAGGAUGACGGCGUGGACGAUAGGGAUGAGGACACUGACAGUGCCAUAGGGAGCUUCCGAUACUCUUCCCGCAGUGACUCCCAAAAACCUGAAACAGACGCCUCCUCCUCCCUGGCUGUCAGUGAUCACUAUGCAAGUGGCAGCAGAGCUGGCAAAGAGGUGGAUAGCAGUAUUAAUAGGUGGCUCAGUGGCCUCGGGACAGAGGAAAAAUCUCCUCCCCCGAGUGAUUGGUCUGGAAGCUCCAGGGGGAAAUACACCAGAUCUUCCCUGCUCCGGGAGACGGAGUCUAAAUCCUCCAGUUAUAAGUUCUCCAAAUCCCUGUCAGAGGAGCAGGACACCUCCUCCUACCACGAGGCAAAUGGCAACUCUGUAAGGAGCACUUCGCGAUUCUCUUCUUCUUCCACCAGGGAGGGCAGAGAGAUGCACAAGUUCUCCAGGUCCAAGUUCAGUGAGACCUCGGGCUCCCGGGAGGAGAGCCCAGAGCCCUACUUCUUCCGCCGGACCCCUGAGCCCUCCGAACGGGAAGAGUCCCCGGAGCCACAGCGCCCACAUUGGGCCAGGGCCAGGGACUGGGAAGACGUGGAAGAGUCAUCCAAGUCAGACUUCUCUGAAUUUGGAGCCAAGAGGAAAUUCACCCAGAGCUUUACGAGGUCUGAAGAGGAGGGAGAGAAAGCGAGGACGGAAAACAGAGAAGAAGGGAGGUUUGCAUCUGGGCGGAGGGCCCAGUAUCGGAGAAGCACUGACAGAGAAGAAGAGGAAGAGAUGGACGAUGAAGCCAUCAUCGCUGCUUGGAGACGCCGGCAAGAAGAAACCAGGACUAAGCUGCAGAGAAGGAGGGAGGAUUGAGCGAGGGAGCAGCUGAGAACACUGGAGGAUGCCAUUGAGCUUAGCGCAGGGCUCAGGGCACAUGUUGCCACCACCUGCCAAGGGAUGAGGAGGCAGAGGGGCAGAGCUGAAAUGAGAGGUACCAAGCAAAAGGGCACUGGAGGUGGAGGAGGGAGGAGGAGAGCCAUCAACAUGAAUCCCCAGUGCUGGACCAACUGACUCCACUUUCUGUUGCCCAGUGCCCUCUACACUUCAGUGUUUCACUUACUGUAUUUGGUAGUGCUCAUCCCAGACCAGAGAGGUGAGCUUGCAAAAGUGCUGUAGUUUGUCGGAGACUCCGGUUUACAUCCAGAAAGCCCAUGAAUGCAGGGCAUGGUUCUGCUUGUGGAGUAAUGAGACCCAGGAAAUCCAUCCUGUGGCAAGUCUGACCUCUCCUGGCAAUGCUCAGUUCUGGCUGUUUCUUUUUACUGUUUUGGAUCUCCAUUAAAUUGGUAUGUUGUCAAAUAUUCCUUCUUCUUUCUGGUCACUUUUAGCUCUUUG